AAGAUAGAGCGCUCGUGGGUCUCGCUGUAGAGAGGGAAAUUGAGGAAACAACAACCAGAAGGAAAUGGAAGUUAGAAGAGGCCUAGCUUCUUUUGCUUCGGCGCAUAAUGAUGGUGAUAGAGAGAACAUUGUCUCAGACAUCACCCAGCUUGUAGGAUGGACACCAUUGAUAGAACUGAAAAAUAUAGCGAAAAAGGAAGGAGUUGAUGCUCGAUUAAUCGCUAAAAUGGAGUUCUACCAACCUCUUUCUUCAGUAAAAGACCGUACUGCGCUCAGAAUGAUGGAGGAUGCUGAGGAGAAGGGUCUGAUUAAACCUGGGAUCACGAUAUUAGUUGAAGGCACAGGUGGAAAUUUAGGGAUUGCUUUGGCUUACGUAGCUGCAAGAAAAGGUUACAAGUUCAUUGGAGUCAUGCCUGCUUAUUAUUCACUUGAUAAAAGGAUGCUAUUGAAAUAUUUGGGCGCCGAAGUUUACAUAACUGAUCCUAAACAUGGAUUUCAGGGAAUGGUUGAAAGAAUUGAGCAGCUGAAAGAGAAUGAUCCAAAUGUUUAUGUUCUUGAUCAGUUUACCAAUCCAGCAAAUCCUGAUGCACAUUUUACAGGCACCGGACCAGAGAUUUGGAAUGACACGGCGGGAAAGGUAGACAUCUUUGUAUGUGGUACUGGAUCAGGAGGUACAUUGACCGGUGUAGGAAAAUAUCUCAAAAUGAAAAAUCCCGAUAUCAAAAUAAUUUGCGUUGAACCUGCAGAAAGUGCAGUCCUUUCAGGGGGUCAACCGGGUCCUCACAAUAUCCAAGGGAUAGGGCCGGGUAUCAUUCCAAAGAAUGUGGAUAUGUCGCAUGUUGAUGAGAUCAUAACAGUAACCACAGAGGAAGUAAUGGUUCAUGCAAGAAGGAUUGCAAGAGAAGAAGGUUUGCUUGUAGGCAUAUCCUCAGGAGCAAACUUAACUGCAUGCUUAAAGGUUGCGAAGAGAGUUGAAAACAAAGGCAAGAUGAUUGUUACGAUGUUUUCAAGUGGAGGAGAGAGAUAUAUCAGCACACAGUUGUUUGAUGAGGUCAGGGAUGAAUGCGCUAAUAUGAGCUUCUCAUAGAUUUUACGUAUCUGCACGAGAUGCUUUGUAUCCAAAUCUCCUGUUGUCAUUUGAAAUAAAAAAAGGAUUCUUAAGAUACGUUUGUUCAAGCUUAAAAACCAAGGUACAGAGUGUUUUAACCUUUUGCAUAAGGAACUAUCUUGAUGGUGAUUAUGAUGUUAAUUUGCCUUGGGACUUCA